AUCUCAUUCGAUGUAUCUUCAGGUAGACUUCAACUAAUUUGUCACAAACAAAACGUAUUUCAAUAUCUUUUGAUUUUACUGAAUGUCUUAAUGCACCAACAAUGCGUCGAUUAAACGUUAUGUUUGUGGUAGCGCUAUGCACAAUAGUGGUCACUGGGCGACACAGGAGCAAACACCAUAAAUUAAUUGAAACUCAUGUUGAUAAUCUUCAACUUAAAGAAGCUUCUUCUUUAUUGGACGACGAUGAUGCAGUUUCUGUCAAGAAGGUGGUCCUUGGAAACUCUUAUAAAAGAGCAGCAACGACCCAAGAUGCUAAAGAUUCUGAUAAGAAAGUUGAGGAUGCUACAAGUAAACUAAAGGCAGAGAUUGGAAAAAUUAAUAUUGAUGAAUUUACAGCAACGGAUAUGCUAAAAGCUAAAGGCGGUGUGGAAACCUCUCUUAAUGCUGUUGAAGGAUUUUAUGACAAAUACAAGAAAAAUGACAAGCUCGGCAUGGCGAUUUCUGGUAUUACCAUUGUCUCUGGAUUGGCUACAGUUGUUGGUGGCCCAGUUGGAUACGCUGUCGUCAUGACGUUAAGUCUGUUUAAGCUUGGGUUAACUCUCAUUGAUAAAAGAUUGAAGAAACCAGAAGUCGAUGAGUCUACAAAGUUACAAAAAAUUAUUGAAAAGGCUUUACAGAAAUUUCAAGAAUCCGGAUUAAAAGCUGAAUGGAAUGGCUACGAACGAUUGACCGACUUGUAUUUAAAGCAUUUAGAGUUUGUUGACCAUUUUGAUGAUAAAGAACUACAGGAUGCCAAUGAGGAGCAGCAAAAGAAAUUCAAAAUGGAUGAAAUGGGAGGACUGACAGAAGUAAAGGAAGACAUGUUUGAUGUUGUCACACCUCAAAUUUACAAGGUCCUAAUGUCCAGUUCUCAACUACUUGGUAAAGUUGAAUACGAAAUCUCCAAGAUCUGCGAUUUCGAGAUUGAAAUGAAAAAAGUGAACUCGAAAUUUCAAUUUAAUAAAUUUGGAACUACAGAGCAAGAGCCCACACCUACUCCAGAGGAAUUAAAAGAAAAACACUCACUUGCUAAAUCGUGUCUAGGAAUGUAUGAGCUGUACAGUAAGAUAAGCUCCUUCCAUUAUCAAACAUAUUUGAAAAGCCUUAAAGCAAUCAGCGGAAUCAUCGGUGAAAAGGAUGAAAAACCUGGUCCGAAGAGUUCGACAUCAACAUCGACAAAAGGUGGCACACAGAAUGAUAAGGAAACAUCAUCAAAAAGGAAAGCAUUUAUCUUUAUGCAAUUACUCUUGGAUAUGAUACAGAAUUCAAGGGAACACAACAAAAAAAUUUUCAGACCAUUCCUUAGUCCUUUUAGUAACUACAAAAUGCGCUAUACCGUGAACUAUUAUCACAACUAUGCAGGCAAUUACGAGCAUUUGUCGUCUUACUUGAAUGACCUGUACAGUGACAAGAUAAUGAUGGAAGAAGUACUCAAUGACGUAAUGCUCUGCAGUCAGCCAUCAUUGCUUGGUUCCUGCUACGUUGAAGAAAACACAGACUCAACCAACUUAAAGGAAGGCAACUGGAGAUCAGCUUACAUUCCAAUAGGGAAAUCUAUUACCGUCACAUACAAAUCAGGUAACAAAGAUAUCCAAAGUGACCCACCGAUUCAACUUAUAGGACCAAGUUCUAUGGGGAUGCUGUUCGCCCUUCGCGAAAAGGAUAAAGUUCAAGAUAUUAAAGAAAAAUCAAAAGUUACCAUCGCUGCCAGUGACGCUGGAAAGAAGAAGUUCUUCAAAAUGUGCGCAACACACCGUUAUAAUCUUGACGAAACUGAUUACCAGACCUCAGCAUGUACAAUGGUGGAGUUUAAAGAACCAAAGACGGUUAUUCAAUUGGAAAAAAUUAAGUCUCCAACCUUAUGGAAAGGUAAAAACAUUAGCAUAGCAAGCGACGAAGCUGAUCUUGCGUUUGUAGGAACUGGAUACGUCGGCACCGAAUUUAAAAAGCAACUUCCGAAUGUCCGUUGGGGACCAUUUUUUAGCCCAAGAAGAAUGUCAGAACUUCCUGGUAGUGCUGCUUGGGACACCAUCACUGUGUAUCGAUACAAAAAUGAUGCAGAAAGUGAUGUCAAAAAGCAAGCAGAUAAAGGGCUCCUUUGCAGUGGUGAAAAUAACCUUCUGUGUCAAGAUGACUUUAUCGAUAAAAAACUUUUCGUCAAAAUUUGCAAAAAACCAGAAUUGAAGGGUUACUGCGAAGAAGUUCCUGUGAUAAGAAGUGAGAUAGAAGGCAAACCUAAAGGGAAAGUUGUUAACCUUAAAGUCGUAAAUGGUUACGGUCUGCUUAGUCUAAUAUCUCUUACUGAUUAUGCCUACGUGACCACGGAAAAAAAGCCAGGUGAAUACACAACAACAAACUUGAAGUCGUGGAAUAACAUCGAUAACUCUAUAUGGAUGCCAAUCGUUAAAGACAAAAAAGCAAGCAAUUUAUUGAAAAGUAUGAAGGUGCCUGAAGAUGUAAAGGUGGAACUUUACACUGAAUUGAAUGGAGCAGGCGAAAUGUAUGGCCCUUAUGUAGGACCCCUCACCGUUGAUUAUGUUGAUGGAAAUGAUCUGUUGUCCAAUCUAAUCAAAUCGAUGGUAAUCAAGUAUUCGCCGAAAAUAUCAAAUACGCAAUCUUUUUAAAUUCGUCAAAGAUCUAUUAUAUGAGGAAAGGGGCAUGUGUGACACUGCAAGUCUGUUAGAUGGUUCAGACAGUUUAAGUUUAAAUGUGUCUCUACCGUAUUGUUGACAUACGUCCUUAUAUAGUGAGCGUAAAUAUAGAAUUUGCUUUUCAAUAAAAAAGUCGUGUUUGAUCGUGUCUGUGUCUGAUCUCAAAAGAUCGCCGCGUAAUUAAGAAAUUGCUGCGUUUUCUUUUAAAAGCGUCUUAUUUUUUAACAAACAUAAUUUUUGGCAAAUGACAUGGUGGAAACAAAGUUUUCCUUGACUCUCGGGUUAUAACUAUUAAGUUUGGUGCGUGUCUUGGUGAAAUCCUUUAGUGAUGAUGAUCCAUGUCCAGUGAUUCUAAUUGGGAAAUUGGAUAAUUAUGAUCCUUGUGAAAUAUAACUUUUUGGGGAGAUUAGUUGCCAUUCUAAAUAUAAAAGUUAUUCUUUUAAUAACCGCAUUAUAGUAUUACAAAAUGCGUCAAUUUGCACCUUUUGUUAUUACACAACGCAGCACGUGUUACAAAAUGACCAAUUUACUACAAAACGCGGCACGUGUUACAAAAAGAUCCGUUUAUUAUAAAACGCGUCACGUGUUACAAAAUGACCAAUUUACUACAAAACACGGCACGUGUUACAAAAAGAUCCAUUUAUUAUAAAACGCGUCACGUGUUACAAAAUGACCAAUUUACUACAAAACGCGUCACGUGUUACAAAAUGACCAAUUUACUACAAAACGCGUCACGUGUUACAAAAUGAUCAAUUUAUUACAAAACACGGCAAAAUAUUUCUCCACUUCGCUCCUCUUCUCGGUGGUAAAUAAAAAAAGACGUUAAGUUUCCCGGCUAUAACGCAUAUUUGUUUAUCCUAUAAAUAGUUGGAAUGUAGCGCUCCACUUAUGACAUAUUAAAUCACUGCUGUCUAUUGAAACAAUUAAAUUAACUAGUCGUUAACCCGUGGAAAAUCCACGGGUUCGCCCGUCCUUUUUAUACUGUUUGGUGCGUCUUGCUACUUGCGCAGCUAAGCUACCAUUUUGUGUGACAG